AUGUGUAUUAAAGGAAAGAACUUUUUUGGAUUCAUCCAACGUAUUUAUGCUAUCUUUGCAAAUUCUACUAAGAGGUGGAAAAUUUUGAAAGAUAAUGUUAAAGCUUGGAGUCUUAAGUCAUUGUGUCAAACUCGUUGGGAAAGUCGGAUUGGGAGUGUAAAGGCUAUUAAACUGCAACUUGUGGAUGUACGGGAAGCUUUACUUCAAGUUGGAGAAAAAGAUAAUGAUGCUGCAAUUGCAAGAAGCAACUUCACUAUACUAAACCAUGUGAAUAUUGUGAGUAAGAAGUUACAAUCAAAGGAUAUGCAUCUUGAUAAUGCUAUUAUAGAAAUAAACAAAUUGAUUGGGUACUUCAAGGAUUAUAGAGAAACUGGUUUUUCAAAAGCGAUUGUUGAAGCUAAGGAGAUUGCUAUUGAAAUGUGUAUUGAUCCAAUAUUUCCACCAAAGCGUUUGAUUGAAAGGAAAAAAAAGACAAGAUUUGAACAAUUCAAAGAGUAUGAUAAAGUAUUUGGUUUUUUAUUUCCACAAAAUUUGAGGGGAAUUGAAGAUAAAGAUCUUAAGUUAUAUUGUCAUCGUCUUGAAAAAGCACUCAAGUUUGAAGAAAGAUCGGAUAUUGAUGCUGAGGAAAUUUAUACGGAGUUGAAAUUAUUUGAGACAUUGGAAACCAAUGAAUUUAGCAACCCCAUAGAUGUUUUGAAGUUUUUGAAAGAACUUGAUUAUUUCCCAAAUGCAAGCAUUGCAUAUAGAAUAUUGUUGACUAUUCCAGUAACGGUCGCAUCUGCAGAAAGGAGUUCUUCCAAAUUGAAAUUUGUGAAAUCUUACCUACGCUCCACAAUGACCCAAGAAAGACUUAGCGGUUUGACGAUGAUAUCUAUCAAGAACGAAAUAUUAGAGAGUAUAGACUAUGAAGAGUUGAUCAACCAAUUUGCAAUCAAGAAUGCUAGGAGAGCUUCAAGGAUCGUCGGUUAG